AUGUUCACUCUCUCCGAGGAGUCUAAGGAGCGCAUUGGAAAGAUCAUUGAGAUCUCCCGCAUUGCCAUUCACUACGGAUACCUGCCUCUUGUUCUCUACCUCGGCUACACCCGUAGCGAGCCCCGCCCGCCUUUCAUCCGGCUUCCGACGCACCAUGGGCAAGCCGGCAUUUUCAGGGUUGACACGAUAGAUCCCCUGCGUGGGUGA